AUGCCGUGGCGCACCAAGAGCACCACCAGCAUCAAGACCAAGACCAAGACCAGCCCCGGCACCAGAACCAGAACCACAUCUAGCAAUCAUCCCCAUUCUCCCGACGAUUCCAAAGAAACCCCCAACGUUUCAAGCCCAUCGCCACAAACCAGGGCCAAUUCGCCCGCACUGGCUUCCCACACCGUGCCACCUACGACAGACGAGGUUCCGACGAAGCGAGGACAACAAGACGACCUCGAGCCUUUGCACACCAGUUCCACCGUUGUUGUUGUUGCGGCCAAUUCCCCAGAGAACGCGCACCUCACUUCGGCCUUGCCGCAUCACCAAACCAUUCAAGCCGCUGCCCUCGCUUCUGUUUCCGCCUCAUCAGCUUCCACAGGCUCCCAACCCGACCACCGCACCCUGCACCAGCAGCAAUCGCCAUCUAGUCUGGUGGCGCCCUCCCCCUUUGCCUCUUCUCCUUCCCUCACCGCCACCGUGCCGGGUUCAAGCCGGUUGAAAAGCACCCGAGCCAGUACCACGGCAGCCAGUGACACCGCUGCUGCUUCCGUACCCCCUCCUCACGACACACCCGGCAAGCCAAUCUCCACAUCGGCACCCACAGACAUGGCCGCCACCGCCACCGCCACCGCCUCCCCACAUCUCCCCACCCCGCCCCAAGACAUUGAAUGGGAUGUGCUGCGCAAGGCUCUUGCUGGCACAUCCUUUCAAGUCAACGAACACCAGGGGGCUCAAGGUCUCUUUGCCGCUCUCUUUGACUCAAAUCACCAACACCAGAAGCAAGCUUCCCCCCGUGCCUCGACCGUCACCUCGCCGAUCACCGACGUCACCACCACCUCCACGAUCGCUUCACAUGCCACCAAAGCCGCUACCGUCCAGAAUUCUUACGUCUCUGUGGACCAGUUGCAAGAAAAGGCUGCACCUCGACCCGCCUCCGAGUCAGGUCCUACCAAGCCGGUAGCUAUGCCCGCCACCACCACCGAAUUGGCGUCCGCGUCUGCUAGCCUCCUUCCACGCCGGGACGUCGGCUCAAUGGGUUCCCUUCCAUCGGCCCAACAAAUGAUGCCCGCCAGUCCUCGACCCGCAGACGCCCAUGCUGCCGCGCCACAGAGUGCCCCCAUCAAGUUUCGAGAGGGCGAGUACGUGUUGCACAGCCAACUCAUGCAAGCCGCCGAUGCCAUCUCCCGUAUGCAAAAGAGUGCAGCAGGUGUCCCCCUACGGCCAGAUCCCAACAGCCCCGCCCAAAGCGGGCGCAAUGGGCCUCGCAAAGGCUCGCCCACACCCACGGCUUUUCGCACGCUUGACCACCGCUCACUCCCAACGCCCAACGCACCAUCCCCGUUUGCCGACCGAGCCAUGUCCGUUCGAUCCAACUCGGAUGCACGGCCGCGCUCGCGCUCCCGCAAGCGCGUCCUGGCAGCUCUCGCCCGUCGGCGCUCCGCCGUCACCUCGCCCGCUGACCUCGUGGGUCCCCACAGCCACACAUCCGACGGCAUGGUCACACACGUCAACGCACACGGCUCGCGGGCCUCCCCCCCGGCUGUCCGUGGAAUGGGCCGUCCCCUUGAUACCCACAAUCUUCUUGUCGCGCCAGCCACCUCCAACUAUUCCACCAUGACAAGUCGUGCCAAUAAGGGCGGCGUGGAAAGUCACCAUUCACCUCACGUCCUUGCUCGCACAAUGCUGGAUAUGCUUGAGCAGCGCCAUGAUCUUUGCAACAUUCGCUUCCUGGUUGGCCCCCAACAGGAAUCCAUUUUUGCCUUGUCUGCCAUCUUGGCCAUGCAUAGUUCCACGUUUGAGGCCAUGUUCAAGCCUUAUUUCGCUGCUAGCCGGGAUAUUCCUCAAGUCACCGUGGCGCUGCCUUCCGUCGAUGCGAAUGCCUUCGCCGCUGUCAUUACGUGGUGCCACACGGGUGAACUUCGGCUUCAAGGCACCACCGUUCGCGCCGUCCUUCUCAUGGCCGAGACUUAUGGUCUUGCCCACCUCGAAGUUUUGUGCAACAGCAUUUUGACACAAAAUAUCGAUGCCGAAUCCGCCCUCGACGUGCUGGUGCGUAGUCUGCGCGAGGAGAACCUUUUCUUGGCCGAACAAGCUCUUCAGCACGUCGGCAGUCACGCGCGCGAGCUGCUUCAGCCCUCGCGCCUUGUCCAGGCCGAUGUUCGCCCCGAGGAACUAGCCAUCAUCAUGCAGCUUGAUGCAAUCCAAGGCAUGAGUGAACUUGAGCUCUAUCGUACUGUUGUGGCGUGGGCGAAGCAAAUGUCUUUCCGUUGCGAUCUCAGCAUUGAGGAGCUUGUGGCCGAGCCUUUGGCCUGCCUGCGCCUCAAUCUUAUCGACCUGGACAGCCUUUUGUCCGUCGUCCGCGCGGAUGGCCUCAUCGAGUCGUCGCGCAUCCUGGAUGCCAUUGCUUCCCAUUCCAACCCCCACAAUCAUCGCCACAUCUCGCAUCGAACGCAAGAGCCACCCACAACCCCGUUGCAACCUUUGUCCUGGGAUGCAUCACUAUCCGAGGCGCCCUUUGGCGUGCUGAAUGACAUGCGCAUCUUUUUGCCGCACACAUCCAACCGCCUUGAGCGAAUGGCACAUGCUUUUUCUGUACCUGUGGGCAUGCCCUGCACCUUGGUUGUUAAUGUGUCGGAGCUUGACGAUGCCAACUGGGUGGCCAUUGGCUGUACGGCCACUACCAACACGGCCACGUCCAUCUUGUCUUCACCCUUUGUGGCUGCCAUCUCUUCUGUGGGUGCGGUUCACGGCAAUCUUCUCGAGGGCGCCGCCUUCAACUUUGAGGAAGGCGACGAGCUCAUUCUGACUUUGGUUCCGGAAGAAGGUACUCUCACCAUCACGCGAGCAUCAGACGAUGGCACUGAUUUUGUGGUCAUGGAUCUACCUUCGGGAGUUCUUCGUCUGUUCGCCGUCGCCAGCGGGGGGCCUGUUGGCAUUGAUGUUGCGCAACAGCCUUCGUAA